AGCUUAACUUAUCACAAACAAUUUUGCAAAGUCAAGAAAGCUCGGUAAGACACUGAAGAAAUCUAUGAUACAAAACUGCAAAAGGCAGAAUAAACAUACACGCUGAGUAUGGGUGAAACAUUCUACAAAGACCCUUACGGCAGGGGAACGUAUUCAUGGCCACCCCGAAUCCCCAGAAGAACAAUCACCAUUGCUUUCCUUUCCACCCUUGGCGUUGCAGGCGUGGGAUGGCUGUUGUUCAGCCAGGAGCCGUUCGCGUCGAAGCUCGAACCCUUGACGUCGGAAAUGAAAAAAUUGAUGAGAGGGACAAAACCUCCCACCGUGCCGACCGAGAAAGAUGGCGUCAUUGCGGUCGAGGGACCGGUUGUGCCAUCGCAUCCCAAGUCGAGAACUCUGUCGGCAACCGGCAUACCCCGUGGCCAGGCCGAGGGUCGAAAUAUUCAGGGCGUUAAGCGCUGAAUUGGCCUUCUCAAUUGGAUUAGUUUUGUAGUCCACAAUGUUUGGGCCAUUAGUUUUUGGUGUGCUCUAUAGUAGUUUUUGUAGUAUAGGACCUCAUGUUUGUUUUUAUGAGACUUCAUCAAGACUUAAUUUUAUUAUGCAUUUUCAAGAGGUUUUGAGUAAUUUUGAUCAGAACCUUUUGUGAUUUUUGUGUUAA